AUGUGUCGACGAAUCGCAGAGGGAACGCGGUGGUCGAAGUGUGGGCAUUUCCAGCGUCAUCUCGUCGUUGCCAUCAUGGACUGCAACUCGAGCCAGUGUGAGCGGAGCAUCUUGCACCCCAAGGGUUGCCGAGAUCCUGCAUGCAUCAAAAACUUCGGACCUGACGUCCAAAAAGACAUCGACGUCGUCAAGGACGAAUGCUUCCAAUGUCGAGCAAAGGCCGCACGCACUCUGCAGACCUGA